UUAAUAAACAGUUUGAAAUAAUCAGAAGAAACUUUUGUAGAAAUAUUAGUGCAAAAUAAUUAAUUCACAAAUAAACAAUGCAUUGUCCAACAUAUGGACAAUUUUCAUUGAAUUAUUGGAAUGUUAAAUCAAUGAAUUCAUUUAGUAUACUACUUAUAUUACUGAUGAGAUUUAUUUUAUUUCAAUCGAAUUCAAUGUUCAUCAUUGCAGAUGAAUUGAAUCAUCUUCACAAUAAUAAUAAUAAUGAUAAUAAUCAUCAUCUUAUGUCUACACAAAAUGAACAACAACGUGCACAACAAGCAUUAGCUAAAUUGAUGUCAUUAUUUUAUACUAGUGAAGCAUUUAACAAGUACAUGGAAAAUCUUGAUGCAUAUUAUAUGCUUAGAGGUAGACCAAGGUUUGGUAAACGAAAUUACAAUCUAAUAGAAGAUAAUGGUGAUCGGAUGAAAAACGACUUGAUCAAUUAUCUUCUUCGUCAACGAUUAUUACGAAACUAUUUAACAAAGAAUUUUGAUAAUGAUGGUGAUGAAAACUUCGUUCGAAAGUAACAUUAAAAAUAAUCAAAAGAAAUUAAUCUCAGUAAUUAUCGAUCAUCAUCAAGUGAACAGUACACAUUAUCAUCAUCAACAUGUUAAUGAUUCGUAUAUUUGAGUGUAUUCUGAUUGUAUUUGUGCCAA